AUGACUGAUUCUGUUUUAGAAUGUCUAGACAAAGUCAAAUCUGUACUUUUGGACAGCAGCUCAAAUAAAGAAAUAGAGGCUCAGAUAAGCAGUCUAGGAUCCUUGCUUAGAGAUACAGUCAAUGAUCAUCAAAUACGACACAAUUUGGCACACAGAGAAGACUUGUGGGAAAUUCUUUCUACCAUUUUAGAACAAAUUAAAUCAAAUGAAGACAAAACUGCAUCUUACUAUAGAUUGUUGAGAGGAGUGUAUCUUCUUGUACGAAACUUGGCUUCUGAAAAUUGUCCAAUUGACCUCAAAAUUGUGUAUUCAAGUGUACAAAACGUCCACAUCCAAAAAAACGAUAUCGGCCAAAAUCUAGUUAUUUCCUGGCUACAAGCUUGCUCAAACUGCUCACAGAGCUACAUUUUGUCGUCUGAGGACCUUGGGUACCUUGAUAAUGCACUUCAAAGUCCAAUAAUGUGGAACAUACUCACCACCUCCAAGCAAGCUAGACAACCUCUAGUAUCUAUUAUAGUGAAGUCUCUCGAAAAUCUCACCGUGAAUGACUUUCUUCUUAUAAGAGAACUAUCAUUUUUGGUGUGCUUUCUUGCUGCUGAGGUUUCCAGUUUUUCAGACAUAAAAGAGCCGCUUGAAUUCAAACUGAUAGAGGUGUUUGAACAGUUCAUAUGUAGCGAAAGCUUCAACAAUUGGAUACACACCUACAAAAAUGAUAAGGACAAGAGUCUACUUUUGGUAAAAGCAGGCCAAAAAAUUGCAACUUCCAAAGAAAAUUGGGACCAAUAUCAGCUUGCUGCGAUGCUCGCUUGGAUGUAUGAUUUGUUUGUCGAAAUAUCUGAGCGGUCUGAAGAACAAUUGACCACACAAGAUUUCGACAGGAUUGAGUUACAAUACUGUCAUUCCAUACUAAUUCGUCUUUUAGACUGCCUUUCACAUUUGUGCAUGUUUGACACAACAAGACAGUUUCUCCGACACUAUGGAGCUGUUGAAAAUUUGAUCCAUUUACUAGCUUCGGUGCACCAAAACGUAGAGAGAAAGACUCUCAAGGACCAAGAGACAGAACAAAAUACCAAGUCUUUUCCAGAAGUCAAGUCUGCGAUAAUUGAGAUUAUAGCCCAUCUAGCACACAAUACUUUUGAAGUUCAGGAACAAGUUCGUUCCUUGCAUGGUCUCCAGAUAAUACUCUCGUGCUGCACAAUUGACGACAACAAUCCGUAUCUUAAGGAGAGGGCCAUAGUGUGUAUCAAACAGCUUCUUGCUGGGAAUGAAGGAAACCAAAAUUUUGUCAGAUCACUCGAAGCUCAGCAAGUGGUUGACGACAAGGUGUUGGAGGAAGUAGGGUACGAGGUGAAGAUUAAUGACGGGAAAAUAGAGUACGAAAAACGCAAAUAG